CAUUGUACAUUUGCAUAAAUAUGCUGAUUUUUUCCUCCCUCAAAUAAAUAUAAUUCCAUAGAUCUUUGCCUUCGUGUGUGUGUGUGUCUAUAAAUAUACUCACCACAAAGAACGAAAUUCAUAUCAGCUCAUUGUAUACCAUCUAACAUCAAAAAAGCUUGCUCCCAGUCUCCACCAUGGCCGCAAGUGCUUCAGAGGUUGCCUCAGCUCCCAUUAAAAGGCUUGAAGGCAAGGUGGCUCUCAUCACCGGCGCUGCAAGAGGACUCGGCGAGUGUACUGCAAGACUCUUCACCCAACAUGGGGCUAAAGUGGUAAUUGCAGACAUUCUAGACGACCUUGGACACUCUGUUUCCCAGACCAUACCUGGAUCUACCUACGUUCACUGUGACGUUACAAACGAGAAAGACGUCGAAAACGCCGUCGACACCGCAGUUUCAAAAUACGGCAAGCUCGACAUCAUGUUCAACAACGCCGGUCUCGGCGAUUACAACAAGGACAACAUUCUCGACAACGACUUGGCCGAUUUUCAGAAAGUCGUUAACGUGAAUCUCAUCGGAGUGUUUCUCGGUACCAAGCAUGCCGCAAGGGUGAUGAUUCCGGCACGGAGCGGCAACAUUAUCAAUACUGCUAGUGUUUGUAGUAUCGCCGGCGGGCUAUCAUCGCAUGCGUACACGAGCUCCAAGCACGGUGUUCUAGGGCUGACGAAGAACACAGCGGUGGAGCUUGGCCGGUACGGGAUUCGAGUGAACUGUGUAUCGCCAUAUGUGGUGGCGACUCCCAUGGCGAAGGAAUUCUUCAGGCUUGACGAUGAAGGAGUUCAUAACAUUUAUUCACCACUUAAGGGCGCUGCUAUUGAACCACAAGAUUUCGCUGAGGCUGCUCUGUUCUUAGCGAGUAAUGAGUCCAAGUUUGUGAAUGGCCACAAUCUCGUGGCUGAUGGAGGAUAUACUAUUACAAACUAUGGUUUCACUAUUUUCAAGUAAGUAUGUGUUUUAAAAAAAUGGGCUUCGUAUUUGCCCCUCUCCCCAAAAAAAAAAAAAAAGGACUUCAUCAGUAUUGUUGGGAAAAUAUGUGUCUUAAGAUGUUUGUGAAGUGCUCUUUGUUCGUGUUUAUGUAUUCACCUGUUUGAAUAAUUACGCACAUGCACGGCGUGUGCUUAGUUCUUGUUUAUAUGUUCAAAUAAUCACGCCUAUGGCAUGUGCUUAUAAUGUAAUAAAGUUGUUAACUUUGUUUUAUAA